AUGGCUCGACAAGGAUGGGAAGCUUCAGAGUUCCCUAUAGUCUGCGACACAUGUCUAGGCGACAAUCCAUACCUACGAAUGACCAAACAGGGCUUUGGAAAAGAAUGCAAGAUAUGUGGCAGACCAUUCACCAUCUUUAGAUGGUUGCCUGGUGCUGGAAUGAGAUACAAAAAGACGGAAAUAUGCCAAACUUGUGCAAAAAUCAAGAAUGUCUGCCAGACUUGUGUAUUGGAUCUCGAGUUUGGACUGCCGGUGCAAGUGCGAGACUCGGUGCUACAAACGAAUGAUGAUGUACCACGUUCCGAUGUCAACAAGCAAGUGUUUGUCGCAAAGGCUGAAAAGGCUCUGGAAGGAAAAGCAGAAAGUCUGGUCGACUACGGAAAAGCAGACUCGGCAGCGAAAGAAACAUUACGUCGCAUGGCUAGAUCCGAACCAUACUACAAGAGAAACAGAGCUCAUUUAUGCUCAUUCUAUGCUAAAGGAGAAUGUAAACGUGGUGAUGAAUGUCCGUUUAGGCAUGAAUUGCCAGUGCAGAAUGACUUGUCCCAUCAAAACAUCAAGGAUCGAUACCAUGGGAAUAAUGAUCCUGUUGCUGCCAAAAUGAUGAAUCGAACAGACCGUCCAUCAACUCUCACCGCUCCGGACGACCAAUCCGUGACUUCAAUCUUCUUGACUGGAAUCGAAGAAGGCAUCACGGAAAAAGAUAUUAGAGAUCUCUUUUACGCAUACGGCGAAAUCAAAUCUGUAGUCGUCUUGACAAAAUCACAUUGUGCCUUUGUCAAUUACGCUACGCGAGCAGCUGCUCAAUCUGCUGUAGACAAGACGUAUAAUAAUUGUACCAUCAAGGGUCAUGUCUUGCGUGUUCAGUGGGGGAGACCUAAACCCCAAGGACCACGUGAAGACGCAUCCUCAUCAUAUCCGACAUCUCAACAACCCUUGACGUUAGAUCAGAUUGGUGAAUUGCCACCUGCUUUGCCAGCGCCUGGGUCUGUUGCUCCCAUGUUGUACCCAUCACAAGACCCAACUUCUUUAGGAUCUUCGUCUAGGUCGAAAUAUGGUGCUGAAUAA